GACUCCCGCGGCUCAGAGCCCAAAACAACAAGUUCCCGCCCUCAGUUCAUCCCCUUCUAGCAAAGCGUCGGGAAUACUGUAGGCAGAUAGCUCGCAGCGGACAACAUUUUCCACAGUUUUCCGAGAUGUCAGGUUUACUGAAAUCCAUCUGAUUCGGCUAGACGAGGGCUUUCACUGCAUUAAAAGGAUUUUUAAUCCCCACACAAAUCUGCAAAUGACUGACUCGAGGGAGAGCUCUCCGGAUUGGCUGCGUUCCUUUAAGGUGCCAACUGAUUCGCCGUUGACUGUAUCCACGGAUUCCCGGUCUUUACAAGAUGGUAGCACUUCAGAUGAUGAUGAAGCUGGCCAUGGAGAGUCAUCUUUAAAGUCCUCUACAUUUUCUGAGAUCGAGAAGAAGGAGACCACUGGCCCGGGCAAAAGUUGUGCCGAGUCUUCACCCGGACACACAGUUGAAGCAGUCUCUCGGACACCUUCAAGAAGAAAGAAAGGGGACAGCCAAAAGAAAGACGGAGAUAGGAAGAAAAGGAAGGCUUCGAACGAACAAAACGAUGACAAGCAUAUCAAGCCUAAUGUAUCUAUUCAUUCAGUCUGGGCACUGUCAUCUGAUUCCGAGUCAGGUGAUCAUAGUCCAAAAAGGGAAGAUCACAGCAAUGAGCAAGAAACUUAUGCGCACCAAAAAUUUGAAUUCCAACGUGAAGAAAAAUGUGGGGAUGAAGUUCUUGGCAAAGAUGGAAAGUCUCCAUCAAAGAAGGAAUCAAAAGGAAAGCUUCCACAGAAGCAAAUACACCAAGAUCAUACACUACUUAAUGCGAAGGGCACAAAAGGCAGGGGAAAAGGGAAAGGGAGUGGUGAAGAUGCUGAAGUUAAAGAGGAAGGGACUUCUGAAAAACAUGUUGAAACUAAUGUCUCUUCAGGGCUGCCUUUGAUGCUUUCUGAGAAAGUUCAACGUACAAAGGCACUUAUUGAAUGUGAAGGUGACUCUAUAGAUCUAAGUGGUGACAUGGGUGCUGUUGGCAGAAUAAUGAUUUCAGAUUCUCCUUCUGGGGAUCAGGAAGUGUACUUUGACUUAAAAGGGACAAUAUACAAAACAGCAAUAAUUCCUUCCAGGACGUUUUGUGUUGUUAGCUUCGGCCAGUCAGAGGCAAAGAUAGAGGCGAUCAUGAAUGACUUCAUACAGCUGAAACCGCAAUCCAAUGUGUAUGAAGCAGAAACUAUGGUUGAAGGGACACUGGAUGGUUUCUCCUUUGAUUCGGAUGAGGAAGCUGACAAGUUACCGAAAGCAAACCAAACUGAUCAAAAUGAGCGGGAUGAGGAACAAACCGACAAAAAAGCAAGCGGGAAGACUGACAAAAUAUCAGGUAAUGCAAAGAAAAGAGGUAGGAGUGCAGGCGGAAAACCACCUGCACCAAAGAAAAUAAGGAAAAAAGCUCAAGGCUCCAAGAAAGCGAAAACCAAAAGAUGA